UGUCUGAACUGAGACGCUUUGUAUCCCACGCUAAGAAGGAGGGGGUUGCUGAAGACCUCACCAAACCCUAAUUUUGAAAUUGUUUUCCUUUUAUAAACCCAGCAUUUCUUCAUUUACUUCAAACCCUGGAAUUGUAAUCUUUUGGUUAAAUCAAUAUCGCUUCAGUUGAAAAUUGAGAAGCAUUGAGCUUCUCUGCGACUUUCAAUGGACCGGGGCAUUUCCAGAAGCGACGUAUCACCAUGGAAAUGCUUGAUAGCUUUAGGCUUUCUUUAUGGAGCCAUGUCCGCCUUGGCUUACUGGGUCCUUCACAUGAAGCAUGUGAAGCCAUUGACAGUUGAUGCGCCAGUUGAUUGUUUCUCUGAAACCCGAGCGCUUAAUCAUGUGAGGCAGCUUGCUCAAGUGAUCGGAGGUCGCCAGGAAGGGAGUCCUGGAUUGCAUGAGGCUGCUCGUUACAUAAAGGCACAGAUGGAGAUGCUUCAAAAUCAAGCUGGCCCUGAUUUUAGAGUCGAGGUUGAUGAAACAUUUGUGAAUGGCUCAUUCAACAUGGAAAUAUUGGGUCGCAGUAUAUCUCUUGGAUACCGUAAUCAUACUAAUCUUCUCCUCAGGAUUUCAUCUGCAGAUUCAAAAGAUAGUGAUCCGUCUGUUCUCGUUAAUGGCCAUUUUGAUAGUCCACUUGGAUCCCCUGGUGCUGGUGAUUGUGCCUCUUGUGUAGCAUCUAUGUUGGAGCUCGCACGGCUCAUAGUUGAAUCUGGUUGGGUUCCACCUCGGCCUAUUAUAUUUCUCUUCAAUGGUGCUGAAGAGGUUUUUCUCUUGGGUUCCCAUGGAUUUGCAACAACGCAUAAAUGGUACAAUUCAAUUGGAGCUUUCAUAAAUAUUGAAGCAUCUGGCACUGGUGGCCUUGAUUUAGUUUGCCAGUCUGGACGUGGCUCAUGGCCGUCUUUCAUGUAUGCCAAAUCUGCAGUUUAUCCUAUGGCACAUAGUUCAGCACAGGAUGUCUUCCCGAUCAUUCCCGGUGACACAGAUUAUAGAAUAUUUUCCGAAGAUUAUGGUGACAUCCCAGGGCUUGAUAUUAUAUUUGUUUUUGGUGGUUAUUUCUAUCAUACAUCCUAUGACACAAUAGAAAGACUAUUACCUGGGAGUCUCCAAGCGCGAGGAGAAAACUUGUUGAACUUGAUCAAGGGUUUUGCAAACUCUUCAGAACUGCAAAAUGCCCAGCAAAGGGCAUCUGCUGGAGAUGUACGGAAUGGAAGCAAGAACGAUCGAGCUGUCUUUUUCGAUUACUUGACAUGGUUCAUGAUAUUCUAUACGAGAAAGGAAGCUCUGGUUUUGCACAGUCUUCCGAUGGUUGUACUCCUUCUGGUGCCAUUUUUCUUGAAUUUCUCAAAUGUUGGUGUAUCCUCCUGGUUUGGGAUGUUUUUGGAAAUGAUUAAGGGACUACUAUUGCAUACCUUUGCAAUUCUUCUGGCAGUUAUUAUUCCCGUUGUCUUUUCAAUUUUUAGAUUGCUGAUCUCAAGUAACACUAUGAAUUGGUUUGCUCAUCCAUCACUGGCCUUCUUGAUGUUCGUCCCAUGCUCAUUUGCUGGCUUACUGAUUCCAAGAAUUAUCUGGGGAAAUUCUCCAAUGCUAGAUGGUGCAUCUUUGAAAGAAUCAAGGGAGGAUCUCUUAGAUGGGAGGCACCAUUGGGGAGCUUUUGGAUUUUAUUCUUCUUUGUCUAUGGUGUAUCUAUAUGCUGGACUGGGUGGAGGUUUCAUGACGUUUUUCGUGUCAGUGUGCAUGAUUCUAUCAUGGUGUUUCUAUGGUCUAUUUUCUUAUCUAUUUGGUCAGAAAUCACUGAGGGCCGUUGUUGGAUAUAUUGUACCUCUAGUUCCACCUCUUACAUUCAAUGUUUACUUUGGCGGCUUUCUUGUGCAAUUUCUUGUUGAGAAGAUGGGAAUGAUGGGUUCUCUUCCAAAUCCAUAUGGCUUUUUCAUCCCAGAUAUAAUUAUAGCCAGUGCGAUUGGCAUUGUGACUGGCUGGUGUGUGGGUCCUAUAGUCCCUAUUGUUGGGCAUUGGUUAGCAAGAUCAAACAUUGUGCAAUUCAUGCUCCAUAUUAGUGUAGCAAUGAUGGCUAUAUCGUCUCAGUUCUUCCCAUAUAGUACCAGUGCUCCAAAAAGGCUUGUGCUUCAGCAUACCUUUCAGACAUCAGAUGCAAGUCAGAUAUUGGAUUCCAGCUAUGAAUUCUCUGUAGUAGAUGCCAAUUCUUUGUAUUUUGUUUUCAAGAAUGCACCUGAGGCUGCAAAAGAGUUACAGAUCCAUUCAGAUUUCUCUUUGGAUAAUACAGCUCAUUCUGAACAAAGUAACUGGAUGGUACUUCUUCCCGUAUCUUAUUUGUUCUCUGGAAGUCUGAAGUUUCCUGCUAGAGAACAAGAUAUAAUCAACCACUACAAGCAACUUCCUAAGCUAUCCAUGAAUAAGCCGAUUGUGACUAGUAAUGGACCUCGCCGUGUCUACCUCGAACUAAAUUUGGGGUCUUUAAAGGAGGUUUGGGGAGCUGUCCUUAAUAUCACUGGCCCACUAUCCAAUUGGUCAUUUGCUGAUAACAAACUUCCUGCUCCUGAGAAGUUUAAAGCGGGGCCACUAUCUUAUAUCUGUAGACUGAGUGGGAGCAGCAGUGAAAACUGGAGCUUCUGGUUGGAGGCCAACAGUUCGGAAGCAUUGAGGGUGGAUCUCGGUGUAUUGGACCAAUAUUUAGUUGAGAAAACCAGGAAAUUAAAGGGCCAUUUUCCUGCUUGGAUGGAUGUCAUUGCUUAUUCAAGCUUUUUGUCAAGCUAUACGUAUUGAACCCAAUAAUGUUCCAGGCUUUCUCCAAGUUAGCCUGGUUCGUGCUUCACAGUUUUCGGACAAAAUUAAAAGAAGAUGAGCCUUGGAUUUUUCUCAUUCUUUUUUUCUCCUACACGGAAAGCCUUCUACUCUGAGGGAUGCGUUUCUUAGCUAUCGAGCAGUCAGUAACAUCAAUUGAUACUUGCAAGCGUGCUUGAGAGCAUAUCCAGUUGUGAGUUUGGUGUUUGCACUCACCUUCAAAAAAAAUUUCAGCAAGUGGAAGAGAUAAUUUAUUGCUGAUAUAAGUUGAAAUGCAUGUCUUUGAGCCUAUGAAUUUGACAAUUGCUGAUUAUGGGAUCAGGGAAAUGGGGCAAGCAUGCAUUAUUUAUUUUA